UAGUUCCUCAGCCCAAAGCCCGUUCCCAUGAAGCAGGUGGGUGGCGGUCGUGUUGUUUCCAGGCCCACAAAGCUUUACCGUGGGGUGAGGCAGAGGCACUGGGGCAAGUGGGUGGCUGAGAUCAGACUCCCCAAGAAUCGCACUCGUCUUUGGCUUGGUACAUUCGAAACCGCUGAAGAAGCAGCUUUGGCAUACGACAACGCAGCAACAACAUCGGAGUUUGAGGAUGUUAAGGUGGGGAUUCAGACAACAUCCUCGCCCUUGUCGGAUGAAUAUUCCUCCUCCUCCUCUUCUUCUUCUGCAGGCUCCUCUUCACCUGAAUCCGAUAUCACUUUCUUGGAUUUCUUGGAUUCUUAUGAAGCAAUGGACAAUCUUGGGUUGGACCUGGAGAAGUACCCCUCAGUGGAGAUUGAUUGGGCAGCUUUAUCUGAGUCAUCAUGAACGAUUAAUUAGUUAUCACUGUUCUCUCUGUUGA